AUGAUACAGUGUGUAUCUUCGCCUGCAUGUUCCUUUUUGGGACGUCCGGUCGAGCUGUGCUCUAGGCGGACACUGCUUACAAAAUCACAUUAGUACGCGUCAACAACGAAAUUCAGUGCUAUUUAAAGCUUCGAGUGCGAUUCGCCCUCGAUCAAACCCACAAGGUGCCCUCAACACCUUCUCCUGCCAAAACCUCGUCGACAUUGCCCUCGUCGAGAGGGUCCUCGUCGCGACAAGAGUCGCGUCUUCCAGGGCCGACUCCUUACACACUUCCCAGACCCAAAGUUCGGGUCAUUCCACAAGUGCAUUCACUACUCAUGGUCGCGAAGCCCCCUGCAAUCAACUACGACCUCACGAAUCACCCCUCCACCAUAACCACGCCCUAUUCCACCCUUUCUUUCAGACCCAAUUCACUCUCUGAGCCCGCCAUCUCCCCUCCCAUUUCCCACCUAACGCUCACAUCCCCCCACCUCCCUUGGCGAAUCUCUGUCCGUCCAUUGCUCAACGGCGCCUAUGUCACCGUCUCUGAUGUUCUUCACGCGAUGUACAAUGGGCUCCGGGAGAACAUCUCUCCCGCCGAGUUCUACGGAUUGCCCUCGAAGACGGAGAUUCGGAGGGUAACGGACGCGUAUGAACAGCGAUACCGGCGCAUAAAGAGCCGGAGCGGGUCGUAUGAGGAGAAGAAGGCUGGUGUUAAGCGGGUCGACUUUUUCAUGGGGCGGACGAGAUUUGCUGGGCUUUCGCCUAGCUCCAAAGGCCCUGAUGUCUGGGUUAUGAACAUCCUGUGAUUGGGAUGUCGCCCUCGAACAUUUUCGUUUUUACAUUCCUCCAAAAGCUCACGCAUCGGAUACCGUACUUUAUUUUUCUCCCAGUCAUUGCGCAAUAGUUAAUUUA